AUGGCCGACGAGGCGAUGGCGAACUAUCUCUACACCGCCUACCACCCCUACCGCUACCCACCGCCCAAGGGCAAAGGAGGGGCGGCGGGCAGCUGGCGGCCGCGGGGCAGCAGCUACUUCUCGGGCUACGGGGAGGCGGCCGCCGAGUACUUCGACAACUACCAGCGGGCGCAGUUGAAGGCCAUCCUCUCCCAGGUCAACCCCAACCUGACACCGCGGCUCCGCAAGGCCAACACCAAGGAGGUGGGCGUGCAGGUGAACCCGCGGCAGGACGCCUCGGUGCAGUGCUCGCUCGGGCCCCGCACGCUGCUGCGCCGCCGCCCCGGCCCCGCCGCGCCGCGGCCCCGAGAGGCAGAGCAGGAGCUGGGCAGCCCCGCCACCACCAGCACCCGCGCCGUGCGCUUCCCCCGCACCAUCGCCGUCUACUCGCCCGUGGCGUCCCGCAGACUCACCGCCUUCCUAGAGGAGCCGGAGCGGCGGCCGCAGCAGCAGGACAAGGCGGCGGCCGUCGAGGAGGAGCCGGCCGCGCUGCGGGAGCAGCGGGCGGUGGAGGCGGCUGCCGUGCGGGAGAGCUGGGAGAAGCCCCCCGAGGGUGGCGCCGAGCCGCUGGAGCAGCGCCCAGCCGAGCCACUCGCGCCGCGCUCAGCCGCACCCCCGGAGCCGGCGACGGAGGAAAACCAGGAGGAGCCGACAGAGCCCCCGCCGGCCUCGCCUCAGAAGCAGCAGUCGUCGGCGGGCAAGACCCGCCUGCGCUUCCAGUUCCUGGAGCAGAAGUACGGCUACUACCACUGCAAGGCCUGCAACAUCCGCUGGGAGAGCGCCUACGUCUGGUGCGUCCAGGGCACCAACAAGGUCUAUUUCCGUCAGUUCUGCCGCACCUGCCAGAAGUCCUACAACCCGUACCGCGUGGAGGACAUCACCUGCCAGAGCUGCAAGCAGACGCGGUGCACCUGCCCCGUGAAGAUGCGCCACGUGGAUCCUAAGAGGCCCCACCGCCAGGACCUCUGUGGGAGAUGCAAAGGGAAACGCCUCUCCUGCGAUAGCACGUUCAGUUUCAAAUACAUCAUCUGAAUGGGAUGGGGAUUUUUGGUUUUGUUUAGGGCUUUUCAAGAAAACUGCAAGUAGAGCAGACUUUUUGUUUUGUUGGUAUUGUUGAAGGUAUUUGGUGAGAUGUAGCUAGGAAAGCAUGAAAAUAAAAAUAUUGCAAAGCAUGCUCAAAUGAUCAGGUGGGUUUGUGCCCAGCUCAGAGGGUGCAUAUAGUAAAUUGCACAGGCAAGAAGCCUGGAGGUGUAUUGUAAAUUAGUGAUCGUCUUGGAAGCAACUGAUUCAGGACUUUGUAGACUCUCAGGUGUACAGGGUUUCUGUUACUCUUGCUCUUGAACUCAUCGAAUGCUUGAAGUUAACAUCAAAUUGACAUCUGCAGUAGGUAGUAGACCACCCUUCAUGAACAAAACACCAGUAAUACUUAUUUUGUGCACUCUGUUCAAUGCACAAAGUAUCCUGCACCUGUUUUUCAUCACUAGAAAAUGAUUGAGAAAUGCUGUGUAAGUUCUGAAUCACUUCUGGUGCGGCUGGUCUGCAUUUAGCUAAGUUGGUGUUCUCAUCUGUAGGCAAAACAGAAAGGAAGCUUUUCAAAGACAGUGCUCAGAAAAUGCUGAGGAAUGGAGUCACUGAUGUUAUGGUGAUGGUUUCUUGGUAAAUGUGUUGCUCUUCUUAAUUGCACAAGGUUAUGGAGAGAAGGGACACUUCAGAGGAGCAUCUGCUUGGCUUCCUUUUCAACCUGCAGGUGAAGUGCAAGAGCUGUGCACUUAGAGGAUUGUACUUGAAGAGUUUGAUCUAAUUACAGUUUAGAUGCCUGCCAUCAAAAGGAUUGAACUCCUGCACUCCUUUGGGGUUGGGUUUGCUGCUAGGAAUUGUAGUGUUUAUUAGUAAUGGCAGAACCAGCACUGGUCACUUGCCGAUGAUGCUCUCUGUGGGCUAUUGGUGCUCUCACUGGUGGUGUCCUCUGUAGGAGCAGGAUGCUUUGGCCGUGUUACAUGCUGACUCUGACUUACAGCAUCACCAUCUGAGCAGAUUCUCAAGCUAGUAAAACCUACCCCACUGCCCCAGUCUACCUUUUAGCUAUGGAGCUGGGUAAACACAAAUGAAAACCUACUUUUCUGAGAAUGCUACUGACACUGUUAAUGUUUAAAUUGAGCAUGGUCACCAAGCCUUUUGCAGAGCUCUUUAGGUAGCUUCUCUUUGAAAAGAGUGAGUUAUAUUUGCUAUAGCGAGCUUAUCUACACCUGUACCCAGCUUGAGAGACCAGUCUUUUAUAGGCUAGAGAGAACCAGUCUGAGCCCAUGCUGUAGAACAACUUCAGUGCCAGGUGAUUUUGCAUAUCUGAGUGGAAGCCAGUGUGUAGCAGGGUAGGCAAACAAUAUCCUCUGUAUCAACAUGUCUUGUUUGAGGGGCAGUGAGUGUUAAUACCACAUGCUUAACUUGUUUUGCUGUAAAUUCCUGCCUUAUUUCAAUAUGCCCCUUGAACCAGCUGCAGUAGGCUUAAUGCCUCAGUGUCAGUUUUUUGCUAAGUAAUUUUAUUUAUUCUUGCUGCAUUCAUUAUUAUAGCAUUGUGUGAGGCAUUCUGGGAUCAAGUAGACCUACUUCCUCCAGAGCAGAGCACACUUCUAUUUUAUGCUUCUACACGAAGUGUUUUUCCAUGUAUCACAGUAAAAGGAAAUAUCCCUUGCUUUACCAGCUCACACAGACUUUCACAGCAAAUUCCAUCCUAGCCCUAUUCAAUUUCCCUGCAGCUGGGCAGCGUUCUGUUGUAGAUGCAUGUGCCUUGUAGUUACUGUGAUGAGCAGUGGCAAGCCUCUAGCUUGAGGAAUGCACCUGUUGCCCUCUCUGCGACCACCUGGUCCCACUGCCUCAGUUUGCAGUUGCAGCUGUGAUCUGGGGUGUCUUUAUUUCUGAGCAUAUUCCCCUCCAAGGAUGUUCUUCAAUGUUUUCCUGUUUACCUUCCCCAUUCUAGUAGCUGUAGUCUGUUCCUGAUGCAUGCAUUGAGAAACUGACUAUGAUGAGUCUGUGCACCUUGGAAAUGAGUCAGAGAACUGAAGCUUUGUGCCAUGUCAGUAUGAAGUCAUGGCAAUAUGAGCAGCUGAAGGUUUCCUAUUUAUACAGGCAUCCUCACAAAAUAUUGCUUGGAGGAUUACUUGCUGUGAAUGUGGUGACUCUUACGUGAUUCAGUACCAGCCCAAAGUGAAAUCUAGUACAACUUAAAGGCUGUUGUCCCCACUAACUACAGUCAAAGCAGCAGUUGGUUCUGCAUGAUAAGAUGCAGAACAGGCUUAGCUGAUGUGAACUGGGUGCUGUGCCUCACCAGCAGCUGAUGAAGGCUUCAUGUGGCAGGUAGCAGCAAGGAGGCCACCCCUGCUUUCAUCAGCUAUUCCAAGGCUCUGUAGCUUAGAGGAGUACAGUGCUCUGGGCAGCCAUAUUAAACAAGCUUUCCUUAAUCCUGCAGCAUUCUUUAGUUCCAGAGUAGCUCUACAUGUCAUCCCUCAUACAUAAAUAUGUUCAGUGCUUUUGCUGCUUGAUGCCUGAGUACAACUCUUUACUUUCUAGUUGCUUUACAGCUUUACAGCCAUGUCAUGUCUGUGACAGCAUGCACUGAUUGUAGGUACUGAGUCCUAGACUCAGCAGGAAGAAGGAAAGCUACUCCUUACAAGCUACCUAUUGUAAUUAUGCAAAGUGGAAGCGAACAGCUUUCAUGGUGCUGGUUCUUCAAAGCUAUCCUGAGCUUGCCCUGUACAGAUUUUUCAUAUUGAGAUUCUUUUGCACAUGCUAGCUCAGUGCUGUAUUUGCUGCAUCUUACAGGAGAAGUCUGAUGUUUUGCUUGUUUCUAGGCAGCUUUACCACAGCUUUGGGCUUGGCACAGACCUGGUAGUAGGUGACACAGGGUGACAGCUCAUGCAGUAGUUGAGUAAUUUUUGAAAAGCUGAACGAAAUUAAAGCAAUAUCAAAAGACAGCUAACAUGAUUCUGGUCUAUAGGGCAGGUUCCUCUAGUCACUAUAAAUGGAGGAAGAUGCAUAACAUAAGGAAUAGCAUAUAUGAAUGCAGGCUUGAGUUUCAUGGGAAAUCUGUUAAUAGCUUCAGAAGAUGCCUAGAAAAAUGCUGCUGCAAUGAUGGGACCUGAAAGGAAGAAAUUACUUUAGGGUGCCCAGGCCUCUGUUGUCAGUGUUUAGUCUGUUUAGCUAAAGUAUUUAAACUCUAGCUUGUAAAAAUACACAAAAUGAGAGAUACAAUGUUUUUUAUUUUUACAAAAAAAAAGCUGGUAAAAGAUGAUGUAAAUAAAAGUGUAAUGCGCCCCUAAAUAAAACCACCUAUCCCCUGUAAAUACUAGUUAAAUAAUUAAGAACACCAUCUACAGUACCACAAAACCAUCAAAAUAAUUCAAUUUUAUCAGGGACAGGGGAAAAAAUACAGUGAAUAUGAAUGUGCCUUGACCAGUUACAGAACUUGUUAGGAUAACAUAACUACUGUCAGCAGUCCAACAGCGUGCACAGUGCCUUCAAUUAAUGCAUUUCAGCAUAAUUACAUUUCUAGUGGGGCCUAAUUCCCCCAAAAAGGCAGAGCUAAGAAUUUCAAUUCUACAUUCUAAACUCUGGAAUUAGAGCCCAUUAAAAAAAAAUCACAGUGGGUAAGAGAUGUAUAUAAAAAUACUGGGUGUUCCUUUCAAAUAACAGGAAUUGUGGGACUACAUUCUUUUUUCUUUUUUUUUUUUUCUUUUUUUUUUUUUCCCUACAAAAUGCUGUUGGUUUCAACAGAAUCCAGUUUGUUUUAUGCUACAGACUUUGACACUGAACUAUGAGUAUAUUGCCUCUUUGCAUGUUUUGGUAGUCAGGGUUUUUUUUGUCUUUUUUUUUUUUUUUCUAUAGUCCCAAUUCCUUAGGCUUCAGUUGAGUCAUGAAGAUG